AUGGACUCCUUAGCCACUGUGUUUCCGGACCAGCCACCCAAGUUCGAACCACAUAUAACAAUAUCCACCAAUAUCGCGGUCGAUAUGGACAAUGCGAAGGAUGAAGUCAAUCGGAUUCUAUCAGCAUGUAGCAUAGCACUUCACUCGCUUCCGGUUGAGUCAGUGCAUCAUGACUGGAUUAAACUCGGGAAGGUGACGAGCCAGAGGCUCUAUUUUAAGAAAUUGUAUUUUCUGGUUUUGGCAGAUUCUACGCUUCUACUGUUCUCGCGAAUAGUUCGGGAACAAUUCGUGUGUUUGCCGAAUCGAAUUGCAUUAGCGGAACAGGUCGCUAAUCCCGAGCUAUUCCACAAGAACUCGAAUGGCGUGGUUGUUCGCAAGAAAAGCAAAGGACGGCUCCGGAAGUCAUCCAAUGCUGAGGUACCACCAGCAAAUAUCGAUUUACAAAAAAUUCGGUCCGAGCUGGCGCAAGAGGCGGCCCAAUGGGCGGCACAAGAGUUCGAGCCUCAUCUAUCCUUGGUAUACAGUAAGCUUCACCCUAUAGACAAUGCAUUGUGGCGCACAAUUCGAACAAGGGUGUCGGACUAUCUCUCGAUAGAGGACUGUGACCUGGACCAUUGGAACAUUGAGGGCAAUGGCUAUUCUUGGGAGGGAGGUGUGCUCAAAUUGAUGCUUUGUGAGGGAGACGUUAGCCAGUGGCUUGUCUUGGGGUCUGUCGAUCUCCAUGUAUAA